AUGCCAUCCUCGAGGUCUGUUCAUUGUUCAAAACGUCUCUUGCCACCCCUCCGUUCCGUGGUACGCGUUGUCAUUGACAAGAAUCGUUGCUGCAACCCGCGUGUGUCGUCCGUGUUCAACAGGGAAGCCAAGAUCGACAUCACCUGCAAGCCCAAAAAGGACAACGUCAUCGACUGGGACUGCAUUUUUGGCGAAGAUUCGGAGGAGGAGGUUCUCAAGUACAGGAGCAAGGACAAGAAAGAGAGAGCGACCCACACUUCGUGUACGGACAAAGACCGCCCGUGCUCCAGGUUUAUCGUUCCCAAGAAUGUGCAGAGAGCAGAAACUAAAGUGGCUUACGGGCCCGAGGGCUUCCCCUUCCUUAAGGGCGAGAGGUAUAUCUACAAGUACAGCUUCCGCGCGGUCGAGGGAAUGAAGCUCGGCAAACGUUUUACGCAUAUUGGCCAGAUCAAAGGCGCGUACAACGGAGGGCAGACGGUGGACGGAGACCCGAUUGUAUCCAUCAGUGCCAACCUCGACGGCCUCCAUGUUCGCUUCUCCAACAUUGACAAGACCAUCCCCGACUACUACACCCAUGACAGCUGGUACCGGAAUUGGAAGGACGCCACCGGCGAAUGGGUGCACGUGACGAUCGACACGGUCUUUGGGGAGUCGAUGGAGGUGAAGUUCGCAGGGGGCGUGAGCGGGAAAUUCGUCUGGCCUAAGGAUAAGACUCCUGUCGCCUGGAACAACAAGGGGAAAAUGGCCCGAAUGAAGCUAGGGCUGUACCACAAAGAGGAACAAGUUGGCGACGGCGAAGUCGAGAUCAGGGAUGUCUCCAUCGAAGGGCCGAACGGCAUUAUCCGCACGAGUCCAGAGGAGUCGCCAUCGCCCAGCUCAAAAGAAAACGACUCCAAAGGGCACUUGUACCUUGGUUGCUUCGAGGACGAGAAAGACAAGCGUAUCUUCGGAAAAAAGUACGUCGACGCCCACAUGACCACGGCGAUAUGUGCUGAUCUCUGCGAAGACUCCAAGUACUUCGGGAUGCAGUAUGGCAAUGAGGCGUGUAAGAAGAUAUGUGACAAGGAGGACGCAAGGUACUUCGCACUCCAAUACGGCCAAGAGUGCUUCUGCGGUGCACGGAAAGAGGACUACGACAAACAUGGGCCCGCCAUCUGCCACAUGAAGUGCCCAGGCGACUCGGACUUGGUGUGUGGUGGUGGCAGGGCUCAAAACGUGUUCCUCAUAAAGUCCUAA